UUGACAUGCGAGACGUUUAUCCAGCUACGAAUAUCUUGUGAGAUAGAUUGAAUGCAGUGCCUCUGGAUGAAAAAAGUUUUUUAAGACUGAAAUCUGGCUAGUUUCUUGCUGGUUUUUAAGUUUCUAGUAAUCUCUUAGCUAGCUAAUUACGCAGUUAUCAUUACCUCACUUUAGAUUAUAAAUCGACUGCGAGCGCAUAACCAAAAUAAGUUCUGCCUUGCUUCUUGUGCGUAUUCAUUAAUGAGUUAUAGCUGAUCUGUAUAUUGUAGGAGUUUGUUCGCAAUUCUUCGAGGCCAACUUUUUUUUUUACUUUUGAUGGUCAAAUUUAUCGUCUAUUUUAUUCAAUUUGCAACAACAUUACGAAAAUCUUAAAUUAAAUCUACAAGUUGAGCCGUGAAUUUCUUUACUAAACGGAGUACGCUUCAUACCAACUGGUGUUCCUGAAGUGAAGAGCAACAACAACAACAGAAGCAGCAGCAGAAGUUGGUGUGACUAAAUGAUGGCGCCUUCAGUGCCCGGAGGGGUGCCGGACCCCCUAUCCAUUACCUCCACUCUCGGAGGACCCGAUGGUCACAAGUACGUGUCCCUCCGGAAGAGACUGGACCAAUUGGGCUAUAAGCAGAGUCUGGGUGUGGACUCCCUUCCUCUGGUGGAGAAACUGUUCGCUGAUCUAGUACACACAACAGAGAGUCUCAAGAAGGCCAAACAGCAGACAACAGCAACACAUGUGUUGUGUGAGGGUGGUGGGGAUGUGCAGAGUGCGAUUGAACCGUAUGAAGUGGAGAACAGACGACUGCUGAAGGAACAGAACGAACUGCACAGGAAACUCAUUGAGAGCAAAGAUACUCUGGACAAUACACUGAGACAGCACAAGGACCAGCUGCGCAAGUUAGAACACGAGAAUGCGGACAUCAAAUUUCUUAACAGCCAAUAUCUCGCGAAGGUGAAGCAGUUGGAGAAGGAGGUGAAAGGGAGGGAUGAGAAAUUGAAGGAGUUACAUGAGAAGACCUCUUCUGGGUCAUCUGGCACAGCCACUGCUAUUGUACACUCACAGUCUAGUGCGACAGGUGGGAAGCGGAAGACAGUGGGGGGAGUGAGGAGACAGAGGAUGGACAUCGACAGUUUCAUCACACCACCUCCACCACCCCCGCCCAAUGCGAGAGGGAAUGAGUCAUCACAUCAUAAUUAUAACAACAACAACACAACUACCUCGUCUGCUGCAGGCCAAAACAGCAGUCGUCUGAAUGGACAUGCUGCUGCCUGUAAGCAACAGGAGAGUAAGAGCAGUGACAUGUAUGUGGCUGAUCUGCUGGUGGUGGCAGAUGACAGAAUAGGCAGUCUGCAGAAAGAGGUGGACACACUCACUACGGAGAGAGACAAUACACACAAGAAGUUAGAGAGUCUCAAACGACAGGUUGAGACUAGGGACGAGGAGAUAGACAGACUGUCUCGUCUGCUGGAGACAGGCAGACCACAUGACUCACUCGUCUCAGAUGCGAAGGGACACUCUAGUGACAAACUCAUUUCACACCUCAAUUUACAGGUGGACUAUCUGCAGAAUAGCAACCGUGAAUUAGAAGACAGACUGAGGAGGGCGAUUGAGAAGAAGCAUGAUGCCAGCCACGAGGCAUACAUGGCCACGCGGGAGAGGAACGAACUACUCACAGAUCUAGAACUCACAGAGAAUUUGGCGGACAAGCUGAACUAUGAGAAGGAGGCAGUGCUGGACAUGGCGGGCAAGGAGGUCACAGAUGCCCAGCAGAAGGUGCACAGAACCCACUCCGAGUGGAGGAAGAGCGAGAGCGAAAAGACUGACGCUCAGAUGGAGAAGGAGAAGUUGGCGAGGCAGAUGGAGCGAGCGAGGAGGGAGGUGGAGAAGAAGAGUAGUGAGUUGAGUAAGACGGAAGAGGCACUCAUCAGGGCAGAGAAGGGCAAACAGCAACAACAGCAGAGGAUAGAGGAACUCACCCAGAACGAGCGUAACCUGUUGCUGGAGUUGGAGAAGCUGCGACAGAAGAAGGGAGGGGGCAAACCGGGCAAUGGAGCCGUGUCUCCUAACAGACUGAAUCAGAUGUUGAAGUCGAUUGAGCAGGAGAGGGACUACUACAAGAAGGAGCACGAGAAGUUGAAGAGGAAGAACCACAAGUUAGAAUCAGAGAGACACUCCCAACACCACACAUCCCCCACCAGGAGUAGCAAGGAGAAGGAAAAGGAGGGUGCUAGUGUGAAGAACGGAGCACAAUAUACAGCCAAGCAAGUGUCCCAGUUGGAGAGUGUGGUGAAGGCAUUGGAGGAUGAGAGAGACCACUUCAAGAGGGAGUACGAGAGAGUUAAGCUGUCUUCCAAUGUGGCCGAGAAGGAGAGUCAUGCAGCUACCACUAGUGCCCCCAACAACAGAAGUGGCAGUGUGUCCCCAACCAGACACAGGUCACCACAGAGGUCAAAUCAGGUGGUGGUGGACGUGGAGGUGAGACGUCUGACGAGGGAGAACAGGGAACUGCAGAGCAUGUUGGACAAGUGUGAGUUGCACAUGAGUGAGAUCAGGAGCAAUGUCAAGAUACUCACGCAGGAGAACGAGAAGACCAGGAGUCUCUACGAACAGGCCAAUGAGGAAGUGACUCGACUGCGGAGGGAGUUGAUGAAGAGUCCCAAGAAUGCGAAGGCAUCUCAGGCCGCACAGGCCAUACUCCAGAGAGUGGAGAGUGAGCGCGAUGAUGCAGUGGGUGACUUGAGGAGGACUGGGGCUGAGAGGGAUGCUCUGCGGGAGAAACUAGCCAAUGAGCAGGCCUCCCACGUCUCAAACAAGGCCAGACUGGAGAGCGAGGUUGAGGAGUUACUGCAGCGUCUGCGUCCAGUGGAGUCUGAGAGGGAUGAGUUGAUGAGGAGGGUGGGAUCCCUUAGGGAGAUGGUGGCCUCACUUGAAGACCAAGUGAAGACUCAGAGCAUGAAGAUCAGGGGAGUGGAGGAUGAGGCUCACGACUUCAAGGGAGAGUCACACCAGCUCAGGAUGUUGGUGGAGCAGACAGAGAAGAGUCUGAGUGAGACGAGAUACAGACUAGACAAGAAGACACAGGAGCUGGGACAGUCGGAGGACACCAGGGCACAGCUGGAACUGGAUCUACACUCCACCAGAGCGCACCUGAAGAAAGAAAAGGAGGAGGUGAAUAGACUGAAGAGUGUGGUGGCCCAGCUGGACCAUGACAAGGACACUCUCCAGAACGAACUGGACCUCAAGGUCGAGAAGGUGGCCAGUCUGAACUCGGAGUUAGACAACAAGCUGCACCAGAUCUCCUCCAUGUCUGCUGAGAUGGGUGAAAAUGAGCAGCAGAUGCUGAAUCUGAAUGACACUGUGGCGGCCAGGGAGAGGGAAAUCAAAUCACUCAGAAGACAGUUGGAUGCGAAGACCUAUGAGUGUGAGGAGACAUUGAGGCUGAAGGACAGUGGCUCCAUGGAGAUCAAGAGACUCCAGGAGGAUCUGGCAGAGAUGACCAGGGAGUGCCAGUCCAUCUCACAACAACUGACUAGGACUGAACAAGAUAGAGAUGAGCUGAAGGCGAAAGUGAUGGCCUACCACAAGGAACUGCAGAGACAGGAGGAUAUCAUAGCUGCGCAGGAGCAGGAGAAGAACCACUUGUUGGGCAGCUACAGACAAGCACAGACGGAGUGUGCCAAGCACGAGAACGACAGCCACACCUACCAGACGGAACUGUCUUCUGCCAGACUGGAGAUUGUGAGCAAGGAGGGGGAGGUGAGGAGACUGGAGGAGAGGCAGAGGGAGAUGGAGAGAGACAUCAAGGAGUACCAAGAGGCCUCAAUGCAGUAUGAAUCACAAUUGUCCCACCAGAACAGUACUUUGCACUCUCUCGAGAAUCAACUGAAGGGACUGCAGAAUGACAAGGAGGCUGUGUUGAGUGACUUGGCUGCAGUGAGGGAACUGUGUGUCAAGCUGGACUCCACCAAAGACACUCUCCAGAGGAAACUGGCGCAGAAGAACAUCGAGUCAGACCAGCUUGUGAACCAGUUGGAGGAUGCGAGGCAGGAAGUGGAGCUACUCAAGAAACAGAUCGAGAGUGAGAGUCAGACUAUCAAGAACCUGGAGGACCUGCUGACCUCCAACAGGGAGAAGGAGUUCGCCUGCCAGCUGUCCAGUCAGGAGAAGGAGACGGAACUACAGCUGUACAAAGAGAGACUCGCUCUCUCGGAGAACAAGAGUGGUUCACUGCAGCGAGAGAUCCAGAGCUUCAAGACUAGACUGGGAACAGCCGAGGCAGAGCUGGAGAGGAGCAGACGCCAACUCACCAACGAACGAUUCGAACGGGAGCGAGUAGAGCAGGACCUGAGGAGAGUGAAGCAGGGAAGAUACUCCAGCCCCACCAGGAGCAGUGGAGUUGAAAGAUCUACAGAAGAGCGCAGAUACAAUUUGGAAGACUGAUAUGAUCAGCACGUUUAACCAUACCUGCUCGCAAAAAUUAUCCUCUCUUCUGUCGACCCUUAUCAAGGAUCCUUUUCAACAUAUCCGACCCGAUCUAGCCUUCUUAGCGUUUCAGUCUACUUAAGAGAAAACUCCUAGAGUUUGUAAACUGAAACUAUCUCAAAUGUUACCCGAUGUCAAUGACCAAUUUUAAAAAUGCUGCUAAACUAGUAAUAAAAUAAUGAUUGAAUCGAAUAUAGUGUGACGCAAUUUGUAAAUUCUGUUACUUUCUUAUUUUUUUGCGAUUAAAUCUUCUACAAUUCUUAUUUUGAUUUCAAUGAAUCGUCAAUUCAAUGCCUCUCAAAUAAAACCCAAUGUGUAAUGUUAUGUACAAUAGUUUUUGGCCCAUCACUUAAAAAUAACCACCAGAUUAGUUCAGUUGUGAACUUGAAUAAAGAGUUGCUGCUUUUGAUUUGGUUUGGAGUCACUCAACUUUAUUUGUACAGUUUCCUAUGUCGAUUUCAAUUAACUGUUUCACCCUCUCUUCGUAUUCACAUCUCUCAGUU